UUCCACCGCAGCGUAGCGAUGGUUCACCCAUUUCAAAACCACUUGUGCUAGAGCUCCACAAUUUACUACAGGUUGGGAAUCACAAAGCCAAAGGACUUGAACGAGGGAAGGGAUCCCUGGAGGUAAACGAUGUCUGAAAGGAAGCCCUCAGCAAACAAGAACAUUAAAAAGCUGCGUGCCAUAAGCAUGGUGUGCGGUUUAACCCGGAGCUGGCAGCAGUGGGUGAGCGAGAACAAGGACAAGCAGGCCAGCGAACCCAGCGGAUGGGCCCCGGGAGACCCCAAAGAUUCGGGAAAGAUCCGACCCUCUCAGAAGGCUCUUCCCAGCCAGGACCUUACCAAUAAAAACCAGGAUGAUGUAGAGUCACGCAUCAAAACCGGACAAGUGCUGAAAACCGUGACGAGGGAUGUCCAGGAGAGAAGUGCGGGCAUUGACUUUCUGACCAAACGCAUCUGUAAGGACCCGGACACGGACGACCUGGAUAAGAUGCUGAGCCAGAAAGGGUCGCCCACGCGCCGGAGAAAGUGCUCCAACAUGGUGUCGGAGCUGACGCGCAGCUGGAAGGAGAUGGAAGAGGAGAAAACGCCGGUUCAGGAGAGCGGAGAGGACGAUGAGGAUACAGGAGUACAGAUGGGAGUUAAUCAGGAGGAUAACAGGACCAAUGAAGGCACUGCGGUCACUAUCAAAAGAUCCUCUGUUCUCGGGGGCAAAAAGGAAAUUGAAGAUGCCAACAAAAUAAAUGCCUUGUCAAAGAAAUACAGCGCUGUGGGGAGUUUAAAAAGCCGCUGGCAGGACUGGGCGUCGGAGCACACGGUCAACCAGAAGCUCAACCCCUUCAGCGAGGACUUUGAUUAUGAGUAUUCGAUGUCGACGCGGUUGCGGAGGGGCGAGGAGGGUUACGGGCGGCCCAAAGAGGGCAGCAAGACCGCAGAACGGGCCAAACGCGCAGAAGCGCACAUCCACCGCGAGAUCGAUGACAUGUGCUUCAUCAUAAGGACCAUGGCGGACCGGGAUUCAGACGGAUGCACCAGAGUGACCUUCGGAGAUCUGUUUGACAGAUAUGUGCGGAUCUCUGAUAAAGUCGUGGGAAUACUAAUGAGGGCCAGAAAGCAUGGAAAGCUGGCGUUUGAGGGGGAGAUGCUGUGGCAGGGCCAGGAUGAUGCCGUCAUUAUUACUCUGUUAGUAUGACAUGAGACUGACAUGAUAUGUAAAAUUGAAUUAACC